AUGACCACGGAUGUCCUCAUGGGCUCCACCACUGAUGUCCUCAUGGGCUCCACCACUGAUGUCCUCAUGGGCUCCACCACGGAUGUCCUCAUGGGCUCCACCACUGAUGUCCUCAUGGGCUCCACCACUGAUGUCCUCAUGGGCUCCACCACUGAUGUCCUCAUGGGCUCCACCACUGAUGUCCUCAUGGGCUCCACCACUGAUGUCCUCAUGGGCUCCACCACUGAUGUCCUCAUGGGCUCCACCACUGAUGUCCUCAUGGGCUCCACCACUGAUGUCCUCAUGGGCUCCACCACUGAUCUCAUGGGCUCCACCACUGAUGUCCUCAUGGGCUCCACCACUGAUGUCCUCAUGGGCUCCACCACUGAUGUCCUCAUGGGCUCCACCACUGAUGUCCUCAUGGGCUCCACCACUGAUGUCCUCAUGGGCUCCACCACUGAUGUCCUCAUGGGCUCCCCCACUGAUGUCCUCAUGGGCUCCCCCACUGAUGUCCUCAUGGGCUCCACCACUGAUGUCCUCAUGGGCUCCACCACUGAUGUCCUAAUGGGCUCCACCACUGAUGUCCUCAUGGGCUCCACCACUGAUGUCCUCAUGGGCUCCACCACUGAUGUCCUCAUGGGCUCCACCACUGAUGUCCUCAUGGGCUCCACCACUGAUGUCCUCAUGGGCUCCACCACUGAUGUCCUCAUGGGCUCCACCACUGCUCGACCACGGCUAGCAGAAGCCGGAAGAGCCGGAAGUACUGAAAUUAAGGCAAUUAUAAGAGCAGAGGCUCACCCUCUGCCCGCCCUCGGCCAGCCCUCGGCCAGCCCUCGGCCAGCCCUCGGCCCGCCCUCGGCCAGCCCUCGGCCAGCCCUCGGCCAGCCCUCGGCCCGCCCUCGACCCGCCCUCGGCCCGCCCUCGGCCCGCCCUCGACCCGCCCUCGGCCAGCCCUCGGCCAGCCCUCGGCCCGUCCUCGGCCCGCCCUCGGCCAGCCCUCGACCCGCCCUCGGCCCGCCCUCGGCCAGUCCUCGGCCAGCCCUCGGCCCGCCCUCGGCCAGCCCUCGGCCAGCCCUCGGCCCGCCCUCGGCCCGCCCUCGGCCCGCCCUCGGCCCGCCCUCGGCCAGCCCUCGGCCCGCCCUCGGCCAGCCCUCGACCCGCCCUCGGCCCGCCCUCGGCCAGUCCUCGGCCAGCCCUCGGCCCGCCCUCGGCCCGCCCUCGGCCAGCCCUCGGCCCGCCCUCGGCCAGCCCUCGACCCGCCCUCGGCCCGCCCUCGGCCCGCCCUCGGCCAGUCCUCGGCCAGCCCUCGGCCCGCCCUCGGCCCGAACUCGGCCCGCCUUCGGCCAGUCCUCGGCCAGCCCUCGGCCCGCCCGCCCUCGGCCCGCCCUCGGCCAGUCCUCGGCCAGCCCUCGGCCCGCCCUCGGCCCGCCCUCGGCCAGUCCUCGGCCAGCCCUCGGCCAGCCCUCGGCCCGCCCUCGGCCCGCCCUCGGCCAGCCCUCGGCCCGCCCUCGGCCAGCCCUCGACCCGCCCUCGGCCCGCCCUCGGCCCGCCCUCGGCCAGUCCUCGGCCAGCCCUCGGCCCGCCCUCGGCCAGUCCUCGGCCAGCCCUCGGCCCGCCCUCGGCCAGUCCUCGGCCAGCCCUCGGCCAGCCCUCGGCCCGCCCUCGGCCCGCCCUCGGCCCGCACCACCUCAUCAUUGA